AUGUUUGGCUUAACUUAUUUCCAACUUCUCCAGAAGUCCUUUUGGAAAAAAAAAAUCACAAAAACAUGACUUUUGUCUGAGAAAAAGGACUUUUGUCCUUCAAAAUGGAAAGCCAAACACUCAAAAUAAGGACUUUUUGAGGCAAAAUAAGGAAAGCCAAACAUGCACUUCUUCUUCAUCAUUCUUUUCUCACAACAUAGGGAUUCUAAGAUAUGUUGGAUCGAUGAUUAAUUUUAGAUCACCGGAAUCUAAGAGAUAUUCAUUUGCAGGGUUGGUUCUUUGUUCAAAGACUCAAACUUUGGUGAAGACGAAUCAUGUAGAAUGUUGAUAGUUGUGGCUGCUGUUGACGCUCACGGAACAGAAGAACGCGCUUUAAAUCAUCUAUUAGAACAGAACGUGCCGAGGGAAAGUGCGCCGCCGACAGGUCCGGUGGUGGAGAAUGUCGGGAGUUCUAGCGGCUCUGGCGGUGCCAGCUCAUCAAAUGGCGGCAGUGGAACCGUUCUGAACAAUGGAGAUGUACCGAUCUUUGAUCAGAAAAUGGAAAGGGAUGUGGAAAUGGAUCAUGAGAUUACAAGUGAUUUACAGAGUGAAGAUGUGUUUUCAGAUAACGAUAUGGAGCUUACUUGAGAGAGUGAAGCUAUAGAGGAGUAUUUGGCUUUGUGUUGGUCUAAUUAUCACUAAUUAAGUAUUUGGUUCUUUUGUCAAGGGUUAUAAAUGGGGGAAAUAGAAAGGUUGAGAGGGAAAAAGACCAUUUUACCCUCAUGUGCAUUGCAUAUGACAAAAAUUAACUGAUAUUUCUAACCA